CAGUCGUCCCCCAUACAUGGCAUGACACACUUCUCGUGUUGGCAAAGUUAUAUGCGCCAAAGCUAGGGACACGAUGCAGCCCACUUCCAACAUGGCCGACUACCUUCUAUCCCCUCGCGCAAGUCCGCGCGGCACGCCCUUGUCGUCACCGCGUGCCGCCGUUGUGCAUCCAGCACACAUGCUACUCCGCAACCUCCGAGUGGACUUUGGUCACCGUACGUCCAUGGACCGCGGCCACACGUUGUACCAUGUGGUCGCUCGCAACGCUGCCUCUGGUCGCAUGUGGGAAGUGGUCAAGACAUCCCGCGACGUGCGGGCGUUGCAGUACGCGUUGACGAUGCAGCUCAAGCAAGGCCACCAGUGUCGAGACGUGUGUCCGUGGUUGUUUGCCCACGUCGCCACGAAAUUCCCUCGCCGUGUCUCCGCCAUCCAUCCGUCGGUCUUGUUUCGGUGGUCAGCCAAGAACACCACAACCAAAAGCAGCACCAUACUACCGCACUUCAAGCGGUACUUGACCACCGUGGUGGACGUAUUCGCGGGGCCGCCAGGUCACAUGACAUGUCCAGUGCUGUUGGAUACCAUCUCGAAGCUCGUGAUCGACUUCUUUUAUGGCCCCGUGUAUGUCGUGAACGACGUGGAAGCGUCGUGGCCGUCGACUCUCCAGUCCCCUCGAAAGCCAUCCUCGUUUCAUGAUGCCAGUGAUGACAAGACUCGCGAUGCGGAUGAGAUGGCGUGUGGUGUAUGCUUGCAAUCGCUAGAGGGAGAUCCAAGAAGUAUGACACAAGAUGAGAAAACUGGUGCAACCUACAACAACAGCAUUGUCGUCCAGGUCAGCAUCACCACGUUGGCCUGUGGCCAUCCCUUCCACGACGAGUGCAUUGUGACGCACUUGAACGCGGACUUGCAAUGUCCCGUCUGUAGCUUUGUGCCCACCUUGUAAUCAAUCGACCCAACG